CAAUUUAAGCAUUAUUUGAAUCCAACUCUUAAUUAUAAUGUUCCGUCGCCCUCUUGGGUCUUGAUCUCGAACUUGGCUGCGCGACUAAUUUCCAAAAAGGAUGGGAGAUGACCUUCACGAGGCUUCACUUUCUUCCUCAAUACCUGCUCUUGAUUCAUCGAACAUUGGCUUUCAGCUUUUGAAGAAGCAUGGUUGGAAGGAAGGAACCGGUCUUGGUGCUUCUCAACAGGGUAGGUUGGAGCCUGUAGAAGCCUAUUUGAAAAAAAACAAAAGAGGUUUGGGAGCAGAAAAGACGAAAAAGAAGGCCUUGCAAUCAUCUACAACAACUAUCUCUGCUGCAGAGAAAAAUGAGAAGAAAACGAAAAAGGAAAAAGCACUCUCAAAAAGAAUGAGAAAAAUGCUUGAACAGGAAAAGCGGCUGCAAGAGAAUGAAUUUCGACAAGCAUUCUUCAGAGAGUUUUGGCCGGAUAAUGUUUGAUAUCGACACUAUUUAGCAAUUUUGCCACUCAUUCGUUUUAUUUUUGGGCGUCAAAAAUAGCUGCAUGGAAACUGGAAAGUGAACAUCAAGUUUAUGGAGUUGGAAUUGGAGAAAGAAAUACUCUUAUUGUAUAUAGCAAAGUGUUGGGAGUCUUGUUUUCAUAUAUUUUUUUAAUCUUGUGUAGAAAAAUGGGUUACUCUUCUCUUUUAACUCUA